AUGCCUCCUGCGGUAGUCGUCAACAUCACUGUCCAUGCAAACCGGGUAGACCACAGUGUUGACAUUACCGGCGUGCCUUAUGAAGCAGGUCUUCGACAAAGCUUGAUAUCUGUUGACAAUGCUCGAGCGACGCACGGCCGGAUCGAGCCGACAGAAGCUGUGCUUUCCCUUAAGGACGCAGCAGGAAGAACUUAUACAUCCUCAUCAUACAUCACUUUAAUAUGGUGGUUUUGGGGCGAGACGAUCUCCAACAGAGAAGACUUCUACAUCACCGAAGAUCUUCCAACCGGUUGCAACGCCAUGCUUCGUCGAACAUCCGACGACGGUAAGCCCCAAAAGAAAGCACUUCCUCUCUUCACCAAGCCACAGACUAACGACUCGACUCGACCUCUACCACCCAACAUCGGAUUCUUCAACUUGCGCCUCUCAGGCGUAAAUACGGAGCUGCUCACCGAGGCUUUCGAGGUGGCUGCUCCGCAGCAGCGAGGAGCGCACUCGAGACUAAAGCUUUAG